AUGUCCCAGAUCUUGAGAGACCAUUUAAUAACGCCAAAGAAAUACAGGGGGCGUCACGCCCAAGUGAAGGACAAAGAGAAGACAGCACAGCAGACCAUGCCGGAACAGCCGCAGCCCGAAGCUUGGCCAGCAUCUCUGCCCAAGGCCUCAACCGGGUUCCCUCCCAGGUCCAACGCCUACCUGAUCACAGGGUUGCAAAACGAGCUGACCAAACGCGGGAUCUUGAAGAACAUGAGCGACUACGAGGAUUUCUGGAAACUGGUUCAGGAGGAAGCUCUUGGAGUGCAAGCUAAAGCAAAGCUGCAGAAGAUAAAAUCUAAGUUGAUGAAUCGCAGGCCGUGCCCGCCAGCUGCUCCCAGGAGAAGGAAGAUUAGGAUGCAGGCCACUACUGACCAGGACAGUGGGGCAUGCCAGGGGACACAGGACCAUCCAGGGAGAGCACAGGAAGCUGUGGAGGACAGCCCUGAGGAGAAGGAGAGAAAAAAACGCGGCCCACACCAACCUAGCUUGGAUCCACUCAAGUACCCAGGGGACACAGCGAGUCUUCUCGUGCGGCUCACGGAAUGGGGAAAACGAUGCCGACAGCGUGAAGCUGCCCAGAGGCUGCAUCGAGGACCUGAGGAGAGCAAGAUAAUGUGUAAGACAAAGACUGAGUCCCGGGGCAAGAUGUACCUUAGCCGGUUGUAUCAGAUGUAUUUCACUUCCCUUGCUAACAUGGAAUUCUCCAGAAGACUGCUGGAGAGAGAUGGCCGCUUCACAGACAUGGACGCCGAGCGCAGGGCUGGAAGCCUGUUGGAUUACAUGGUCCCAAGAGGACGUCCACAGGCAGAUAUCCCACCAAGAGAACCCGGGGAGGAGGGGUCCCCAGCCCCCGGCCAGCAGCCUCCAGCAGGACCUGCCCUCCGAUUUCUGAAGUGCCAGAGCCCAGGAAGGCCACAGAGAAGUCCCCACCUGAAGACAGGAAGACCCCAAGUGACCCUGUGUGGCAUGAGCCAGCUUUCAGAACACGAGAGGGGCACACCUGCUCCUGCCAGAGUGCCUGCAGAACAUGUGAGAGGCAAGCUUGCUCGUGCCGGGGUGACCCCAGAUCCCAGACCUAAAGCACCCCUGACCCUCGCAUACGCGAUCCAGACCCAUCCCGUGGUGGAGGCCAAGGCUGCAAGUCGAUACUGGGUGAACUAUGUGGAUGAAGAAUAA